AUGCAUGUAGAUAUUUCCAGUAACAUUCGACUAGUUCUGAAGAACCCGAGAUGUUUGCAACUCGCUCGAUUCCCUUUGUGGGCAGGCUGGCGGGCAGCCGGUGGACGGCCGGUGGACGGCCGGUGGACGGCGAGCGCUGGCGUGUGGCGGCGCCGUUGGCGUGCGACGCGCGGACGACAUCCAUUAUGUAAUCUGGCCGAGCCCCGGGGCUCGCCGGCGGCGGCGGCGGCGAGCCAGCGUCCCGGCGCCCGGCCGCGCGGCCAACAGCGCGCGCAGGCCGUCUCCGGGGCCCGCUUGCCUCCCGCCGCCCGCCCUCCGCCCUCCGCGUGCUCGCACUCCGGGCGAUGCGAUGGCGCCCGGCCGGCCCCGAAGUGGCGGCGCAGCGGAGGCCCCACUCAACUUUGGCGCUGCAGAGACGCGCUGGACCGACACUUUGCGAGUAGUAAAAAAAUUAAAAAAAUACGUAGCAAUGUGAAGUAUGUAAGCAAUCUUUUUCAAGAACUACAUAUUAUAAUUAAACAUACUUUAUUUACAGUCCUCUAUGCUCUCCUUGGAGACAAUCUUGAAACCAUCAUUCAAAUCAUUUUAAAGUUUCUCGAAAAGUAUGUUUUCAAAUUAUGUAAAGUGAACAAAAAUGAAGAUACAAAUUUAUCUAUAAUAUUGAAGCAGAGCAUGCUAAAACUUCAUGUACAUAUUAAAUCUGCAAAUUAUAAUUUUAGCUUGAAAAAUCAUAAAUGA